AUGGCUCCAAAACAUGGCCAGCGGCCACACCUACAGCCCGGGGAGCUGACCCUCCUUGAUUAUGCUACAGAUGACACGCACGAUGUCGUGACGCUAUCAGACAAAGAACUGCUUAUCCUGCAGCUUGCCCAACAGGUUCAGGAACAACAACUAGAGAAGGCCUUACUUGAACAAGAACGGGAAGAACUCUCCGGCGAUAAUGCGGAGGAGGAGCUCGCGAUCGCGGAACGCGAGUUACUAGAGGCGCGAGCCACCUAUACACUUAGAAAGAAAGCUGCGCAAACGGUUCUUAUGACCGAUCCGAUUUUAAAAGCUGUCCAUCUCAAAGCAAACACACCCCUGAAAAGUACGUGUAUGACCACUACCAAGCUGAUGGCCCUACUUCGCUUUAUCAACCGACGCGAUGAGCUAGCGCUUGCGCAUGAGAAUCUAGGUUCCGCUCAUAAUGAAGUUCUUAAGCGACUUUCUGAUCUGGAAGUCCAGAAUUUACACAUCAACCGAGACAAUCAGGAACUAGUGAGCCAAUUAUUGGAUCUCACGAAGCAAGAUUCUUCCUGGCGCGAAAGACUGAAGGAUGCAAGCCUUGCAUCGCAGCUGGACACUCUCGAAGCCGAGCAUAGAACUAGCAAGGCGCAGUGGGAGAGAAUGAAAAAUAUUGCUAGCGCUAUGGUUGUUGGUAGUGGUCUCAACUGGGCUGAUGAUGAUGAUCUACGAGCUUUGGUUCUGGAUGAAAGUGACGAUUAA